CCAUGCCCUCCCCCAGCGAGUCCAGCCGCUCGCUGACCGGCCGCACAUCCCGCAGCCUCACCCACCUCCCGGUCCAGCGGACCUGGCUGCAGAUCCUGCUGGUGCUGGGCUUCAUCCAAAUCGUUCUGGGCGUCCUGAUUGUCACCUUCAGCCUGGUGGCGGCCACCAUCACGCCCUCCACCAAGAUUCGGCACUCCUGCCCAUCCUGGGCCGGCUUCUCGCUGGCGCUGUCUGGGAUUGUCGGCAUCGUCUCCUGGAAGCGGCCACUCACCCUGGUGGUAAGCUUCUUCACGCUGCUGUCGGUGCUGGGCAUCAUGCUGAGCCUCGCUGGGUCCAUCCUGUCCUGCCAGAACGCACAGCUGGUGAAGUCUUUGGAGGCCUGCGAGAGGGAGGGGGACUUGUGUGUCUGCUGCCAGGCCCGCUCAGAGCUUCUGUCCACCUGCAGCCCGCAGAGCGAGAUGCUGACCAUGUUUCCCAACCCUGACUGCCCGAGCAUCCAUGUGUCUCUCAAGGAUGUCCUCUUCAGUGUCUGUGGCUUGACUGUCUUCUCCACCAUCAUCUGCACACUCUCUGCUGUUGUGUGCUGCAUCCAGAUCUUCUCCCUCGACAUGGUCCAUGUGCUGGUCCCCCAGCGCUCAAGCUCCAUGACACUGGAAUGCACAUCCCCCCCUGAGACCUUUCUGCAGAGCAUGAUGGACUUUGAGGAGUUUGUGCCCCCAGUGCCGCCACCCCCCUACUACCCACCAGAGUACACCUGCAGCUCUGAGACCGAUGCGCAGAGUAUCACCUACAACGGCUCCAUGGACAGCCCUGUGCCUCUCUACCCGACCGACUUCCCCCCUUCCUAUGAGACUGUGAUGGGGCUGCACGGGGACAGCCAGGCCACCCUGUUUGACUCACAGCUGACAGAUGGCUUGCAUGCCUGCACCUGUGACCGUGUCCCCUCCAUUGUGCUCAGUGGAGAAGUGUCCAUGGACAGUGGGUCCCUGAUCAUGUCGGAGAUCAUGGAUAUUCCUGGGGACAGCAGCCCCUCAGAGGACUCAUGCCUGCUGGAGCUGCAGGGCUCCGUGCGCUCCAUGGACUACGUCCUCUUCCGCUCCAUCCAGCGGAGCCGCGCGGAUUACUGCCUGAGCGUGGACUGUGUGCAGUGCAGCCACCACGCGCGCAGCCCCACGCUGGGCUUGCAGGGGCCCUUUGAGGAGACGCCCCAGCCCCGGGUGCGGGGAGAACGCUCCUACUCCUGCUCCACAGCAGAGCCUGGCCACGAUGGCAUCUUGGUGGGGGGAGCCGUGACCCACAGCUGCAACCGCCUGGAGGGGCUGGCCCGCUGCGUCGGGCCCUGCUUCCCCGAAGUGCGGCUCAAGGAGAAGGGCUCACUGCAGGGCCGCAGCGGUGGCUGCCCCACCAGGCCCAGCGCUGGGCGCUUUGGCCAUCCACGGCGCAACAGCGAGACCUCCUGCCCCUCAUCCCCUGCCCCGGGGCUGAGCCAGCGUCGCCUCACGAGGUCACACAGUGACCCCGGCGUCCUGUCGGCUGGUGAUGCUGCAGACUUCAGGGAAGUACUUUAUACCAAAGCACUUGAGGACACCAUGUCCAGCUCCUCUGCGGAUACAGGACUGUGCUCAGAGGCCUGCCUGCUCCGCCAUUCACACUGUGACCCCCCCCCACUGCUCCGGGCCAGCUCGGCAGGGAAGAACAAGCCACUGCCCUCCAAGAAGGUGAUGCAGCAGCUGUCAAAGACAACAACCCGCUCCCUGGGGGACCUCAAAGUGUGCCGGGGCACCCGUGGGCUGAUGGCCAGGUUCCUCCAGAGACCCAAGCGCAGCCCAGCAACCAGCAUGGAGGUGCCUGGACACAGCUUCCAGGGGCACAAGCAGGUUCACUGGAGUGCCCGGCCGGGUGCAGAGCGGCCGCACGAAGGGAUCCACCUGCAGAGCUGCGGGGACCUGAGCUCCACCUCAUCCCUGCGCCGGCUCCUGUCCGCCCGCCGCCUGGAGCGCAGCCGCCCGCGAAGCCUCAGCGGGACCUGCAAGGAGAGCGUCCUGUGACACCCCCCGGCCACAGCGCAGCCUCCAUGGGGACUGUCCUCGUGCGAGAGCGGGGUCCCACUUCGGGCCAGGACCCUCGGACAUUGCUCAGACGUUGCUGCUGCCCCGGCGGGGCUGGGUCCUGCAUCGCUGCCCUGGGGCCUCUGCUGGGACCCUAGGGCCAGGGGCUGGUCCCCUGGGGUGUCUGCUGGGGGCCGGGGUGGCCGUGCCCGUCCCCCACAGCGGCCGUGCCUGUCCCCUUGUGCCAGCUGUGCCUGUACCCCCAGGACGGCCAUGCCUGACCCCGACACUGGCCGUGCCUGUUCCCUGUGCUGGCCAUGCCUGUCUCCUGCCCUGUCCCUUGCGCUGGCUGUGCCUGUCCCCUGCCCAGUUCCCUGCGCCAGCUGUGCCUGUCCCCUGUUCCCCCUCUGCUCCGUCCCCACACUGGCCGUGCCCGGUCCCCUGCGCUGGCCGUGCCCGUCUCCGCCCGGCGCCGCCGCGCCCGGGGCCGCGCUGCCCCUCGCUACA